CUAAGAUCAGACCUCGGUAGUUCCUUGGGCUACGCUGUUCUUCUUCUUUUUCUACUCCUCCUCCUUCUUCUCCUCUUCCUAGUAGCCAACACAUACUUCCCCCUCAACAACCCCAAAUCCCAAAUAACAACCAAUCCAAUCCAAAAUGCCCCCUCACCCCUGAUAACCUCCCCAGAAACCCUUACCCUCCUAAAAGACCUCCACACCAAAUCCCUAACCCAAGAAUCAACCGUGGACUGGCACGCCCUCCCGCAACAAUGCAGCCCCGAAUUCGACUCCAUCAUGCUGGACAAGUUCAUCGCCCUCGACCAAGACAAAUGCGAACUAGUCUACCACAUCCUGCGCAGCAUCAACGCCAAAACAGUCGUGGAAGCCGGUACCAGUUUCGGCGUUAGCACUAUCUACCUAGCGCUUGCUGUUGCGGAGAAUGCGAAGCGCGUUAGCGCUACAACUAAACCCCGGGUUAUCGCCACGGAGAAAGAGGAGUCCAAGGCCGAAGUGGCAAGAGCGCAUUGGGCGAAAGCUGGUAGGGAGGUUGAGGAUGUUAUUGAGCUUCGUGUUGGGGAUCUGCGGGAGACUCUUACUGAGGAUUUGGGGACUGUGGACUUUUUGUUGUUGGAUAUCUGGACCCCUCUCGCCCUCCCUGCGCUGAAGCUCGUCCAGCCGCAUUUCCGACCUGGUGCGGUCAUCAUCGCUGAUAACACAGUCAAGGCGGGUGAUAGGUACCAAGAGCUCUUUGCGUAUGUUGAUGCCGAGGGUAGUGGGUUCCGACGAGUGACGAUGCCAUAUGAGGGUGGUUUGGAUAUGAUCGUUUAUCAGUAG